AUGGCUGCGCCGGUCUAUAAUGCCUCAAUGCCCGAGGGCGGCGACCCGCUCACCGUGGAUGUCAACGCCCAGUUUGUGGGUUACGAGUAUAAUUAUGUCUACAUCGUCGCGUGCACCUUUAUCGUGUUCAUGAUUCUGCCGGGGAUCGGCUUGUUGUAUAGUGGUUUGACGCGGAGGAAGUCUGCGAUGGCCUUGCUGUUCCAGGCUUUCAUGGUUCUUGCGGUCUCAACAUUUCAAUGGCUAUUUUGGGGGUACUCGUUGGCCUACUCGAGAGAUGGAGGCCCAUUCAUUGGCACGCUGAAGAAUUUCGGCUUGAUGGAGGUCCUUGUAGCCCCCUCGCCUGGCUCGGCCGUCCUGCCAGAAGUGGUGUUUUGCCUGUUCCAACUGCUCUUUUGCGCAUGCACAGUGAUGAUCGUUGUUGGUGGCACUUUUGAGAGAGGCGCUAUCCUCCCUUCGCUCAUCUUCAGCUUCUGGUGGGCUACGGUCGUCUACUGCCCGUUGGCUCGCUGGACCUGGAGCAGCAACGGAUGGCUGUACAACCUUCCCGCCAUUGACUUUGCGGGUGGCGGUCCGGUGCAUAUCGCUUCCGGUGUCUCGGCCUUAGCCUAUGCUUUAGUUCUCGGCAAAAGGAGGGAUUACGGAGCACCUUCUUUCCGCAAACCUCACAACACUACACUCAUUUUUCUGGGAACCGUCUUGAUUUGGACUGGCUGGCUUGGUUUCAAUGGCGGUUCAAGUCUCAAUGCGAGCAUGCGUGCCAUGGUGGCCGUCUUCAACACCAACACGGCCGGAUGCACAGGUAUCCUCGGCUGGGUAUUGGUGGAUAUGAUCAAGCACCGCGGAAAGUUCUCUAUAGUUGGUGCUUGUGAAGGUGCGAUCGCCGGGUUGGUCGGAAUCACCCCAGCUGCCGGCUGCGUGUCGUUCUGGCUCGCUGCGUGCAUUGGAUUCAUCACCGCGGUUGUCUGUUCCCUUCUCCAGAACGUGAACGAGUGGAUCGGCGUCGACGAAGGCUUGGAUGUUUUCAAACUCCACGGCAUUGGUGGAAUGGUGGGUGCAUUUCUGACAGGGUUGUUCGCCAGCCAGAAGAUUUCGGCCUUGGAUGGCAGCAGUCUGGCACCCGGAGCGAUCGAUGGAAACGGAGUGCAAGUUGGAAAACAAAUCGCGGAGAUCUGCGCCAUCUCCAGCUAUUCGUUCGUGGUGACCUGCGCUCUGCUGCUGAUUCUCAAGUACAUCCCGGGCAUGAACCUUCGGGUCAGUGAGGAAGCCGAGUUGUUAGGGUUGGAUCAGACCGAGUUCUUCGACGAGCAAAUCGGGGACUGGUCGAUCACUGAAGGAAGUACUAGUCCUACCUUGAUCGGAGUGUCGCAGAAUUCAUCCGGCUCCAUCACGAAGGAGGAGUGCCAGGUGAAGGGGAGCGGGGUAUAG